UGUGUUGCUUGAGGGACUGAAUGAAUGAAUGAGUGAGUGAGUGAGUGAGUGAAAUAUACUGCUGUAGACUAAAUGUUUGUGUCCCCCGAAAAUUCAUAUAUCAAAACCUAAUCUGCAAUGUGAGGGAAUUUGGAGGUGGGGCCUUUGUGAGGUGAUUAGGCAGAGGGCAAAGUCUUCAUGAAUGGGAUUAGGGCCCUGAUGAAAGAGACCCCAGAGAGCUCCCUCACCCCUUCCGCCAUGUGAAGACCCAAGAAAAAGAUGGCCAUCUGUGGACCAGGCAGUGGGCCCUCAGCAGACAUCAAUUCAGCCGGCACCUUGAUGGUGGACUUCCCAGCCUCCAGAGCUGUGAGAAAGAAAUGUUUUUCCCACUCAGCAUUCACAUUCGGUAUCGAGAGCCACAUCAGCCAGUCCAACAUCAAUGGGACGCUAGUGCCACCAGCUGCCCUCAUCUCCAUCCUGCAGAAGGGCCUGCAGUAUGUGGAGGCCGAGAUCAGCAUCAAUGAGGAUGGCACGGUCUUCGAUGGCCGCCCCAUAGAGUCCCUGUCUCUGACUGACGCUGUGAUGCCUGACGUGGUGCAGACACGGCAGCAGGCCUUCCGAGAGAAGCUCGCUCAGCAGCAGGCCAGUUCAGUGGCUGUGACAGCCUCAGCAGCCACAACGGUGCCAGCAGCCACUGCGACCCCAGCAGCUGUUUCCCAGCAAAAUCCACCAAAGAAUGGAGAGGCCACAGUGAAUGGGGAAGAGAACGGAGCCCAUGUAAUAAAUAAUCACUCAAAACCAAUGGAAAUAGAUGGGGACGUUGAGAUUCCACCCAACAAAGCCACAGUCCUCCGGGGCCAUGAGUCCGAGGUGUUCAUUUGUGCCUGGAACCCUGUCAGUGAUCUCCUAGCCUCUGGAUCCGGAGAUUCAACUGCAAGGAUAUGGAACCUUAAUGAAAACAGCAAUGGGGGCUCCACCCAGCUCGUGUUGAGGCACUGUAUACGAGAAGGGGGACACGAUGUCCCAAGUAAUAAAGAUGUGACCUCGCUGGACUGGAACAGUGAUGGCACACUGCUGGCCACAGGUUCAUAUGAUGGUUUUGCAAGAAUAUGGACAGAAGAUGGUAACCUGGCCAGCACCUUAGGCCAACAUAAAGGCCCCAUCUUUGCCUUGAAAUGGAACAAAAAGGGGAAUUACAUCUUGAGUGCUGGUGUAGACAAAACAACAAUAAUUUGGGAUGCCCACACAGGAGAAGCCAAACAACAGUUUCCAUUUCAUUCUGCCCCUGCUCUCGAUGUAGACUGGCAGAACAACACUACCUUUGCCUCCUGUAGCACAGACAUGUGUAUUCACGUCUGCAGGCUCGGCUGUGACCGCCCCGUCAAAACCUUCCAAGGACACACAAAUGAAGUCAAUGCCAUCAAAUGGGAUCCUUCUGGAAUGUUGCUAGCAUCCUGCUCUGAUGACAUGACAUUAAAGAUCUGGAGUAUGAAGCAGGAUCUGUGUGUCCAUGACCUUCAGGCUCACAGCAAAGAGAUAUACACCAUAAAAUGGAGUCCCACUGGGCCAGCCACCAGCAACCCAAACUCCAGCAUCAUGCUAGCAAGUGCUUCGUUUGAUUCCACAGUUCGACUGUGGGAUGUCGAGCGAGGUGUUUGCAUCCACACACUAACCAAGCAUCAGGAACCUGUCUACAGUGUAGCUUUCAGCCCUGACGGGAAAUAUUUGGCCAGCGGCUCCUUUGACAAGUGUGUGCAUAUCUGGAAUACUCAGGGUGGAAGUCUUGUCCACAGCUACCGUGGCACUGGCGGCAUCUUUGAGGUGUGCUGGAACGCCCGAGGGAACAAAGUGGGUGCCAGUGCAUCUGAUGGCUCUGUGUGUGUUUUAGAUCUGCGAAAGUAAACACAAAAUAUGAUAGAAAAAAGAAAAGAGUUCUAACAGACCAGCAGUGAAUGUGUGGACUUCAGCACCCUCAGACACAGUCCUGUCAGCUCCCAAACUGUAUGAACUCGAUGUGUAUUACAGUGGACUUUGAAAUCAACUCAUACCUGGCCACAGGAGUCCAUGUUUUUUGUAAUCUUCAUCAAGAAGUUUGAAACAGAAACAUACACACAGUCCUAUUGAAAGGGGAAAGAAUGGUUUCCACCUGGAACAUUCAGCCUAGGAAGCAUGAAGCCACCAGCCAGACAGUGCACGGUCUGGGUUCCAUCCAGAUCAGUCUCUGAUGGCUAAAAGGGAAAAAAAAAAAACUGUGCCAAAUAAAGAAAAAUGCUGCAAUAAACCAAAAGGAGGGGGAGAAAAAUCCCUGCACAUGGUAGGGUUUUUUUUCCCUAACAAUUUGGACACUACGGUUGCUCUCACAAAGGAUGUUCAAUGACCAGUUUGUACUGAUGAAAUGUGCAACUUUGUAUUUUCUAGAAUCUUCUUUGUCCAGUGGUUUUUCUGUCAGCUGGAAUCCUGUUGUCCGGGGCCCUUCCAUCUGAGAUGGAACCUGUGUUUGGCUUGUUGCUUCUUUCCUCUUGUUUUCUGCCCCCUCCUCCUCUUUCCUUUGUUCUGUGUGGUCUUGAUUUGCAGUCCAUGCUCCAUAGAUGUAGCCUUGUGGGCACGAUGACAAAAUCUUUGACCGACGGCUACUUUGACCCCCUAUUUUGGUCCCCCUCAUCCCCGCUCUCUCUGUCCCCCACUCAUAGUUGCUUCAGAUCUUGGGUCUCAAGGACACAUUUGGCACAUAAGUGCUUUACGUAAGAAGGCAGGGCAAGGGAAACUUUUUACAGAAGAAAAAAAAUGACUUAUAAGAGAAAGAGCCUGGAGUAUUUUUGAAAAAUAUAUAUAUUUUUUUAUGUUAAAACAAUUUUAAAACCUGAAAAGGGCCAUCAGUCACAGAGAGCUUUGUGUGAUUCAUAUUUUAAAUAAGUUUUAGAAAGCCACAGGCAGAGUCUGAGGCAGCUUUUCCCUCUUCCUUCAGCUUCUUGGGAGGCACCUGUAACUCUCGGCGGAAGAGAGUCAGUCCGCCGGGUUGUCUGUAACCAGAUAAGAGGCCCCGAUCUGUGGUUCCAGGAGAGCUGGUGUCCAUCGGGGCGUGGUCACCUUCGUAGCCAGCUGGAGAGAAGUGAAGAACAGGGCCCGUUGCCCAAAGAAGCAUUCCCCAAACCUGAUGGUAUUGAAGAAGCCAUCAGAACCAACAGCUGGGCUCUGUCACCGUUAGCAACAUCUUUUUCACAGCAGUGUAACUACCGAUGUCACCAAGAGCAGUUUGGCAGGUCCUUCCAAGGCCGAUAGUGAGGGCUCCAGCAUCUCUCCUGGUCUAUUAAUGACAAAAAUGAACAGGGAAGAUUUUUCAGUCUUGAAAGUGAAUUCUAUAGGUAGAAUGUCACUAAUAAUUUCUGCCAUCAUCAUUUCCUUCCCUCACAAGGGACUAGGAGAAACAUUUUCCUUUGUUAAACAAUGAAUCUUUUUACUGUUUUUAAAAAAUUAAACACAGCUUUGUGUUCCUAGAGGAGUUUCCCUUCCUUGGUUCUGAUGACCUUUAUACUCUUGUUGUCAUACCCUUAUGCUGACCCAUCAUUUAAAGUAGACCUGGGAAAAAGGACUGAAGGCUACCCUUCAUCCGUCUUCCUGCAGGUGGAGGAAAGGAUGGGGAGGUUGGCCAGACCUGGGGGCACUGGCAAUGGGCAGGUUUCAGCAGGGGGUGUGUUCCAGCAACAAGAUAGGAUGUUAUUCAGAGGUGGCAUCCAUCCGUGGAACCAAAAGUGACUCAUCAUGGCAGAGUGAGGGCCUCCUCCAGACAACUUGGAGGGUGCCAGGACCAGCUAUGGAAGCCAGAUGCGUUCGUCCUUCUCAGAUGACAAGUGGGCCUUCACGUGGAUAUGUGAAUUACUCCAGCCCCAGCUAUGCAAGACCAAAGCACGCUCUGUUGACUUGCUGGGUAGCUGAUUCAGACUCUGUUACCUGAACGCUUAUCAAAGGUCUGAGUUCUGUGGAGUCACUCACCUUUGAAGCUAGCAGGCGUCCCCAGGUACAUUGAUAAUUUCCUGCCCCAAGAAAUCAUUAGGCUUGGGAUGUGGUUUGUGGGUCCAGAAGAACACCAUCUUGACCCCUCCCCAAAUAAAAGUGUAUUCAUCUCUGCAGAGCCUCAGCUGUCGAGGGUCGGCCCAUGGGCAGGACACGGCUUGUGUAUGACAGGCCACACACUGCUGUGGGGUGGCGACGGUAGGACGUAUUGUAAGGGGCUCACUAGACAAUCCUCACAUGAAGGUUUUAGCCAGGGUCUCACUGAUGUGUUGGCUUUAGACAUUUGACAGAUUUGAAUCACUUGGGAAUGGUUAGGUGGGAGCCGAGGGCUGCGAGGCAUGGACGACUUUGGCUCAGUCGUUUGCAAAGAAGUGAACCUGACAAUGAUGGAGGCUGACUGUCCACAUCCCUGGCUUUCUGACCAGCCAUCAGAGGGGAGCUCACCGUGGGCCACAAGGGGGACCAAGCCUGAGAAGGCAGUCAGGGACCCUCACAUGCAUCCCCGUUCUCAGCAAACAGAAGGCUGUUGAUCCAGCCUCCAAUAUUUGCAUGCCAGCAUCUACCCUGCUGGAAACUCAGGAGACUGAGCUUUGUUCUCAAGGGGAGGCCUAUGGGGAGUGGUAGUGUUCAACAUUGUUUACUGCUCUUAAACAUUGUUUGUAACAUUCAAGUCACAGAUGUAUCUAGAAUCUUCUGUUGGGUUUGAAGUGACCAAGAGCACAUCCUGCACACACCUGGGACAGGGAUGCUGCCCACUCUGGGAUGUUACAGGGUUUCAACCCUCUGACCCCGCAUGACACCUAGGACUUGACUUUUAUCUUUCUAAAGAUAGAUCAUGGAGCCAAGGGAAGUUCACUUCAUCAAACUUAAGGGUCGGCUUUGUUUCUAGUUAUUUUUCUGUUUUAUAACCUUUAGUUCCACCUUUUUUUUUUUUUUUGAAUCGUGUUUCUUAUUAAAUGCAGACAUAUUCCUCUGCCACUCUGAAGUUUCAGAUUCUGGCUUCUGUGGUUUUUAUUGUCUGUGUCAGACUCGCAGCCAGAUGUAGUUCUCUGUCAGCAUUUCCCAGAUUUCUGUUCCAGCCACACUGACCCCUGUUCUGUUCUCACCCUCACGUUUUCUGAGAAAGAGAAUCACUUGUGUGUCGUAGUUCAUUUGUUUCAAGAGAGAAUCAAUAGAUCAUAUUCAGUGUCUUGAAUAAAUUGCUCUAUUUUGAUAUUA